AUGAAGUUCGGUCGCCGCAUCAAGGGAUCGCGCUAUUCGGAGUGGGCGGACCAGUAUGUCGACUACUCUGCUCUGAAGAAGCAGAUCAAGAACAACCUUCCAUGGACCGACACCGCCGAAGCCGAGUUCAUCGUCUCGCUCCGCAAGGAGCUGGAGAAGUGUGAGACUUUCCAGCGUACCAAGGCGGAAGAGAUCAACUCGCGCAUUGACAGCCUUGAGAAGGAGGUCGUCUCGUUAGUCGCCAAGGCCGCCGCCGCGGACAGCAGCGACGACGACUCUUCGCAUCACCACCAGGACCACCGCACGCCGCGUGACACCGAGGCCGCUGUGAACAGCUACCGCGACGACGAUGGAGGCUCGGACGACGACGACGUUGGAGACGACGAGGAGGACGACCACAUCAGCCUUGACGAGAUCGAAGAGCGCUUCAAGGAGCUCGAGGAGGAGGUCGCGGUCCUUGUGGCUGACGUCCACGACCUGGCUCUGUUCACCAAGCUCAACUUCACCGGUUUCAUCAAGAUUGUGAAGAAGCACGACAAGCUGACCGGUUUUGCGCUUAAGCCCACCUUCAACAAGGACUUCCUUGAGCAGCAUCCGUUCUACAAGAUGAACUACGACCCGGUCAUUGUCAAGCUCUCCAAGCUCUUCGAUCUUGUCCGUACCCGUGGCCACCCUGUCGAGGGAGACUCUUCGGCCGGUGGAAACCAGAACGCCUUCGUGCGUAGCACCACGAAGUACUGGGUCCACGAGGAGAACAUUGUCCCGCUAAAGCUCAACAUCCUGAAGCACCUCCCCGUGCUCGUGUUCGACACGAAGAAGGAGUUCAACGUCAAGGACUCGGCCAUCACGUCCAUCUACUACGACAACGAGGAGCUCGAGCUCUACCUCGGCCGCCUCGAGAAGACUGAGGGUGCCGAGGCCAUCCGUAUGCGUUGGUACGGUGAUGUCGAUGGCAAGGUUGUCUUCGUCGAGCGCAAGACGCAUCGCGAGGACUGGACCGGAGAGAAGUCUGUCAAGGAGCGUUUCACGAUCAAGGAGGACAAGCUCAACGACUUCUGCGCUGGACGGUACACCAUGGACGAGGAGUUUGACGCUCUCGUUAAGAAGGGCAAGAAGACGGAGAAGGAGGUCGAGGGCAUGAAACAGCUCGCGGAUGAGAUCCAGUACGCUAUCGUCACCCGCAACCUCCGCCCGGUCAUGCGCUCGUUCUACAACCGUACCGCGUUCCAGCUUCCCGGUAACGCGACUGUGCGUAUCUCGCUCGACACUGAGCUCACGCUCGUCCGUGAGGACAACUUUGACGGCAAUGACCGUACCCACGGCAACUGGCGCCGCACAGACUUUGGCAUUGACUACCCCUUCCCCACGGUCAAGAAGGAGGAUAAGGAGAUCUUCCCUUACGGUAUCUUGGAGGUCAAGCUUGCGACCCGUGUCGGCGAGGAGCCUCCCCAGUGGAUCCGCGACCUUGUCAACUCGCACCUCGUCGAAGCCGUUCCGAAGUUCUCCAAGUUCAUCCACGGCUGUGCCACCCUUCUUCCCGAGCGCGUUGACCUCGUUCCCUUCUGGCUCCCCCAGAUGGAUCAGGACAUCCGCAAGCCGGUUUCCAGCCGCUCGCGUGUGCUCAUCGAGCGACCGACAUCUGUCCCCACCAGUGGCGAGCACUCGAACGCUGGCGAGUCGCCUGUCAUUGAUGCUUCCACCGGCUACAACGAGCCCGUAUCCGAGGGAGAGGAAGACGAGUAUCUCGUUAACACUGCGGCCGAGCACGAUGAGGACAGGCUGCUCCGCCUGCCACCCGAGGCUCAGGCCGACGCCAAGGCGGCACGUGAGCACCGUGAGCGUAAGCUGCGCGAGAACGGCAAGGCGGACGACUCUGGCUUCCAGCGACCGACCGGCAAGGGCCAGUACGACCGGGCGCUGCGUGUCGACCCGCUCGCGCCCUCAAACCGCUUCGACCUCAACGUUUCUGCGGUUGACGCCAAGCUGGCGCAGGCGGAGCGCGACACACGAGAGGAUGCAGAGGAGGCGCAGCUUGAGGCGGACGAGGACGACGACCCAGCCGUCACGCUGACGCGCGAGUUCCGCGCUCCGCCGGGCAAGCGCAUCGCUAUCCCGGUGCGCAUCGAGCCCAAGGUCAUCUUUGCGGCUGAGCGAACCUUCCUCAAGUGGAUGAACUUUGCGGUGCUCCUGUCCAUGGUGUCGAUUGCGCUCAUGAACUUUAUCAGCGCCGACGACAGCGUGGGCAUCAUUGCCAGCGCGUGCUUCACCUUCUCGGCGCUCCUUGCAACCGCCUACUCGGGCUAUAUGUACGUGCUCCGCAUCCUGCGGAUCCGCGACCGACGGGCGAUCAACUACCACGACAAGUGGGGCCCGACCUUCCUCUGCUUCACUGUUAUUGCGAGUGUCGUCAUCAAUCUGGUGCUGCGUGUGCUUUUCGACCAAAAGUAG